CGGAAGCCGAACAACAGCUCAUAAUGCUGGCAUUACGAAUUAUAAUAAUAUUUGUACUACUGCCCGGGGUGUUGCUGGCAAGUAUUUGUUCUAGAACAGAAUACGGAGUAGGGAAACAGAAACCGCAUGUUGUCAAAGUGUGCUGCCGUGGCUAUAGGUAUGUUACGGAUGAAACAAAUAACUUUUCUUGCGAACCCAUCUGCAAUGAGCCGUGCAGCAACGGAUCGUGCGUGAGCCCCAAUACGUGCAGUUGCAAUCAGGGCUAUGAAAAUCGGCUGCACAUGCCAUCCAAGGGCUGUGUGCCUCGCUGCUCGAACAAAUGCUCGAACGGAAAGUGCAUAGCCCCAGAGACAUGCAGCUGCGACGCCGGCUACGAGCUGGACGAGCCGACUGGCCGCUGUGCUCCAAUCUGCUCCACUGGCUGUCCAAAUGGUUUCUGCGAGUCUCCGGGCAAGUGCAGCUGCCGUCAAGGCUACAGCCUGGCGAGUGACCAGACCUGUGUUCCCGUCUGCACCAAUGAAUGUGCCCAGGGCCGGGUAUGCGUCGCCCCCAAUACUUGCAGCUGCCAUGAAAGACAUAUAGAUAUUGGACUUGAGUGCUUGCCAGCAACCACCGAAUCCGACAGCUCCAGCUCUACCGAAACAACGCAUCCGCCAGUGACCACAAUGACUGAUUGCGGGUUCGCCGACAUUGUUCAAGUUAAAUGUUUGCCUGAGUUCAUAAAGAACUUGAAGAUCACGCACUUAAUGGCAAUCGUCAUGCUGCUAGCCCUGAUAGUACUUUCUUGUUUGAUGAUGCUAAGACAUCGCCGGAUAACUUCCAAAGAUGUCGAGAGGGAUAAAGAAAUGAAUGUUUGGGGCAGUAAAGUGCAUAUUAUAAACUAACCAUCAACCAAAAGUUAUAAUUAAACCUUUUAUUAUAUUGGGAAAUUGUAGACGUGUAUACCCAUGUUAUAUAUAUUGUUUUCAAUUAUGUUUUAUUUUACG